GUUCGAAAGCGGAUGUUGUGUUUGUUCUCCGGUGCUUCGUCUUCGCUUCAUGUCAAAAUGGCGCACGGAGAGGAUCUGUGAUGUUGGCCGUCAGGAGGUCGCUGUCUCUUCUGGGCGGGGCCUCCCGAAGCAGCUCCUCCCUCUUUGGCUCCUCCCUGGUUGGCUCCUCCUCCUGUAGCCCCUCCCCCAUAUCCUCCCUCAUUGGCUCCUCCUCCAGCAGCUCCUCCCCCAUCUCCUCCCUCAUUGGCUCCUACCUGUUUCGUUCCUUCUCCAGUAGCUCCUCCUCCUCCCUCAUUGGCUCCUCCCUCAUUGGCUCCUCCCUGGUUCGUUCCUUCUCCAGUAGCUCCUCCUCCUCCCCCAGAAGCUCCUCCCUCAUUGGCUCUUCCUCCCUGGUAGACUCCUCCUCCGCCCUGUUAGGCUCCUCCUCUCCAGGCCUGGUUCUGCUCUCCCUCUCCACAGAUGUGUUUCAGAACUUGGCUCUGGAGGAGUGGAUCGACGCCCACCUGGACCUGCAGAAGCUCCGCCUCCUGCUGCUGUGGAGGAACCGCCCCUCUGUUGUGAUUGGACGGCACCAGAACCCCUGGAUGGAGGCGGACCUUCCCGUGAUGAGGCGAGCGGGGGUGCCUCUGGCUCGGAGACGCAGCGGGGGCGGCACGGUUUACCACGAUCUGGGGAACCUGAACGCAACGUUCUUCAGCUCCAAGCAGGCGUAUGAUAGGCCGAGGAACCUGAAGGUGGUGACAGACGCUCUGAAGAGGCUCUGCCCACAACUGGACGUCAGAGCCACGGAGCGGCUGGAUAUCGUGCUCAACGGACACCUCAAGAUCUCAGGAAGUGCGUCUCGUCUCAGCAGGAAGUCGUCAUACCACCACCUGACUCUACUGCACUCGGCCGAUCGAGCCUCUCUCUCCUCGAUGCUCCGCCCCUCCUGUGAUGGUAUCCAUAGCAACGCCACGCCCAGCGUCCGCUCACCUGUCGCUAACCUGAGUGACCACGCCCCCUCGCUGAAGUGGGAGGAGCUUAUGGAAGCGCUGCAGGUGCAGUUCAACACAGAGUUCGGCCUCAGCGCCGCGCCCUCGCACGUGGACCCGUCCGACGACUCGGCGUUCCCCGGCGUGCUGGCGGCGGCGGAGGAUCUGCGCGGUUGGGACUGGACGUUCGGGAAGACGCCGAAGUUCAGCCUUCAGACGAGUCUGCCGGGGGGGGGUCACCUGAGCCUGCAGGUGGUCAGCGGACGGAUGGAAGGCGUGGAGCUGAGCCUCCUGGAGGACUGGAUCCCAGAGAGGCUGAUCGGAGCGAUGACAGACGCGCUCUGCGGGGAGAAGUUCUGCAGAAAGCAUGCGGCCGCAGCGCUGAGUGCACGCCUGCUGCAGGGGGGGGGGGUGCAGCACAGAGUGAAGGUCCUCUGUGACGACAUCAUCAACGCAUUGGGAUGAAACGAGAACUGAUCAUGGUGCCCAGGAAAUACAUUCUCAAUAAAUCUUAUUUUUUUAUUUAUCAAAGUCAACGUCAUUGUCAAUCUUUCAGUUUGUGUGUGCAGAGAUCAAAAUAUAUAUAAAAGUAUUUUUAUACCUAUACACACAAUUAGACAGUUGAUACGAACAGAACGAGUAGAAGCUGGAGUUCAUACCGAGGAAACCCUCCUGUCAGUCCUCCAUCCGAUUGAUUUGAUAUAUUUCUAUUGAUCACACUACAAUAUAACAUCUUAUGAACGGGUGGGAAUCGAACCGGCAGCCUUGGAAACUAAAUCAGGGGGUCCGCGGGGUCUUAAAAAGUAUUAAAAGUUGAUAAAUCAAUGUAGCGAAAAUGAAGGCUAUUAAAAAG